UGUACCCGAACGCAGCAUUCGUCAUCGUUGCUGCAGCUUUCUGCGCAUCAUCUUUUGUCUCGGCCGUGAUAUAUGAUCUCUUCUAGAACCUAAUGUUACUUUUUGUAUACACGCAAUGCUUGUUUAACCCAUUAACGCUACCUCGGUUUAUUACUUGCAUUUAGUGCCGCAGGCUUGAUUAAAAUUCGCCCGAGAUGAAUUCCUGCACGCACGUCAUUCAGGUGACAAAUGUCUCACCAAGCACAACCUCGGAACAAAUGAGGACUCUCUUCGGCUUUUUGGGAAACAUAGAGGAACUCAAACUCUUUCCACCCGAGACACAUUCUGUCUCAUCAACUUUAGAGUCCGUUUGUCCAUUGAGGCGACUGCCUUGAGUUAAGAAGACGCCUUAUCUGGUUGUCCCUGUUUGUAUGCUGUGCACAACAUAUGUGUGUUUUCUUCCAGUGACUCUCCCUUGCCUGUGACUUCACGUGUGUGUUUUGUAAAGUUCCUUGAGUCUGAGUCGGUGGGCGUCUCCCAGCACUUGACCAACACCGUCUUCGUGGACCGGGCCUUGAUCGUAGUGCCGUUUGCAGAAGGAGUCAUUCCUGAUGAAUCAAAAGCUAUGUCGCUGCUGGCUCCGGCCAACGCCGUGGCGGGAAUGAUGCCUGGGGCGGGCCUUCUUCCAACACCCAAUCCUCUGGCUUCUAUGGGAGGGACCCCGUUUGGAGCGCCCAAUUUGGAGCAGAUUGCUGCAAUGGGAAUAGCGGGACCUAACAUGAACCCCCAGGCCCUUUCUGCAGACUUCCUGAAGCUCAUGCAGUCUAUGGAUCCAAAGUUGAGUCCACUUGCAGCUGGACUGAACAUAAAUCCUGGCUUGAAGAAUGACGGCUCAAACAAGGAAAUUGAGGAGGCCAUGAAACGAGUUCGAGAGGCUCAAUCCCUCAUUUCUGCCGCCAUCGAACCAGGAAGUAAGAAAGAUAAACGCAAACAUUCUCGGUCCCGGUCCCGGUCACGACGGAGACGCUCCAGAUCUCGCUCAAGACACCGACGCUCCCACAGCAGGUCUCGGAGGAGAUCCCAUUCAAGGACCAGAAGGAAGUCUAAAAGCCCACGGAGGAGGAAGUCUCACUCCCGAGAUAGAAGCCGUCGCAGCAGAUCCAGGUUGGCCUUGCGGGACAGGAAGGAGGAAAAGUCCAAGAAGAGGUCAAAGACGCCACCCAAGAGUUACAGCAGUGCGAGGAGGUCUCGCAGUGUCAACCGGAGGCACAGGCGAAGCCGCAGUGGAUCCAGGUCCUCUAAAAAACGCUUGACCAGGUCUCCAUCGCCCAGACGGCACAAGAAGGAGAAGAAGAAGGACAAAGAUCGUGAGAAGGAACGAGAGAGAGAGCGGAGGGAACACAGGGACCAAGGUAGAGAGCAGAGGGAACGUUCAUCCAGUAAGAAGAAAAGCAAAGACAAAGAGCGAGACCACGACCGCAAGUCAGAUAGCGACAAAGGCGAUGUGAAGGUGACGCGGGAUUACGACGAAGAGGAGCAGGGCUACAGCAGUGAAAAGGACAUGGAGGAGGAUGAGGAGAGGAAGAGUGACUCGGACUCCGCCUCAUCACCCAAAGGGCUCAACAUAAUGGAGAGAAGCCAGUGCCAUGCUCCCAAAAAGUCCAAACUCAAUGGAGAUGAUCACCAUCAGGAAGACAUGGAAAUGAGUGACUAAGAUCCGCAUUUCCAGGGUAUUUUUAAUGUGGGCAACUUAUUACUGUAUCUGUGCCUGAUCAUUUGAAGUACAAUGUGGUAUUAACUGUAAACAAAACAAAGGUGUAGGAUGAAGGACUAUAAUGCGGUUAUCAUUUUAAGACUUCUCUUGUACUUUUGGUGCUUGAUGUCAGUUUUCAAUGAAAUACUUCUUCUUCCUCACUAUUCAGCUUUUCCCAUAACAUGUCCAGUUCCAUUUUCAUUUCCAGUCCUUUAUAUGUGAACACUGAAAUAUGGUUUUGUUUUACAAAAUGAAACUAAUAAAACUGGUGCAAUUUCA